UUCGUUCCAGACGAUUCCAACCUCUACAUAACAUACAAAUAUACAUAUUAGGAUUUAUACUUUAUACUAGUUAAUUCAAAACAAUACCAAUCUCUGUCUUGUCUUGUCUCUGCGAUUUUAUUUAUUUAGCAAUUUAAGUUUUAUUGAUCUUCACUCACUUUCGUCCCUCAGAUUUAAAUCAUUUGAGAACGAUAUAUGAUGAGCUCCGAUAGAGCUUUACGAGGAAGUUGCCAUUGCGGCAGGAAUCAGUACACGAUCCUGAUACCCGGGGGUUCACCGGCAGGAGCUCAGGUCCUCUUUGAUUCGACUACAAGCCACAGAAUCUCAUCAGCGACACCUCUCUCGGCCUUCCUUCGAGUUCCGCUUUCAUGGUACCAUAGCCAAACAUUUCCAUUCUUUCCCGACGAGUCUCGGGCUAAUAUUAAACGUGCCUAUUCCCACCCCGCUGAACAAAAUGCUAUGCGACAGUUCUGUGGGUUCUGCGGCACUCCCUUGUCGUAUUGGUCCGAAGAACCCAGGAGUGAGGCCGACUAUAUUCAAUUGACGCUGGGUAGCCUCUUAACCGAGGACCUUCGUGACCUGGAGGAUCUAGGCCUGAUUCCCGACGAAUCCGAAUUGGAUUCUAUGGUUAUUAAACCUACUCAUGCAUCCAACCAAGACUCGCAAUUGAUCGGACGGGAAGUAGCUGGUAUUCCAUGGUUUGAAAGUAUGAUUUUAGGUAGUCGUCUGGGCAACAUACGUACUACAAAAAGUGUCAGGGAAAGUCGAGACGGCAAGACUCGAGUCGAAUACGAAAUCACAGAAUGGACGGGAGAUGAUGCGGCAGGGAACGAAGCAGGACAGACGGUACUAUUCUAUGAAUCGCCUACGACGGGUAAGAGAAAACGAGGAGUGGUUGAUGAAGGAGAGGGCGGGAAUAUUGCCUAGGGCAUCACUUUGAUCGCUCGGUCGCCGUACAUGCGGCCGAUCGAGUCUACCCGCUACCGGAUGAUACAACUAUAAAGCAUUAGCGAGAAAGAAAGAUCGGUUCGAAAUAGGAUAAGUAUUGCAUCCGUCGGAAAUGCGCUCACUUCCUCCUGAGUUCUCUAGUUAGCGGCUGGCAGUGCCUUUCAUUCCUGCAACGCGGCGACUAGAUACGUGAAUCUUAUGUUGAAGCCCUCAUUAUAUACAAGGAUACACAUUAAUGAUCUGUCAAUGAGAUCCGAUAUUCCGUCUACAUGAGAAGAUAAGUUGUAUCGAGUAGGGAAUUGACUCGGCCAGGGAAUUGGGU